AUGGCCCCAGGAAUCACAGACACCGUCAAGGAGGCCAUCACUGGCUCGCCUGCUGAGAACGCCAAAGUCCUCGCAAUGGAAGGCAACAUGAAGAACUACAUGGAUUCGAACAACAGAAUCACCACGGAUUAUGGCGUCAAGCAGACAAACACGGACGACUCACUCAGAGUCGCAAGCGCCGACAAGACCGGUCCUGUGUUGCUUGAAGACCACGCUGGCCGCGAGAAGAUACACCGUUUCGACCACGAACGCAUUCCAGAGAGAGUUGUUCACGCCAGAGGCGCUGGUGCCUUUGGUACUUUCAAGCUGUUCGAGAGUGCCUCAGACGUUUCUUCUGCUGGUGUCCUGACCGACACCUCGCGUACAACACCUGUCUUCAUCCGCUUUUCCACAGUUCUCGGGAGCAGGGGUAGUGCAGAUACUGUCAGAGACGUCCGUGGCUUCGCUGUGAAGUUCUACACUGAAGAGUUCGUGUUCCUCAAAAAGUCGACAUUCCCCGAUGUCAUCCACUCUGGCAAGCCCGAGCCUCACAACGAAAUUCCCCAAGCACAAACUGCGCACAACAACUUCUGGGAUUUCCAGUACCUUCAUUCCGAGGCAACUCACAUGUUCAUGUGGGCCAUGUCUGAUAGAGGUAUUCCUCGUUCAUACCGAACAAGGUUCGGUGUAAACACUUACAAACUGCUCAACGCCAAGGGAGAGUCUCACCUUGUCAAAUUCCACUUCACGCCUCAUCUUGGUGUGCACAGUUUCGUGUGGGAUGAAGCCCUGAAAUUGGCAGGUCAAGAUCCCGACUUCCAUCGUAAGGAUCUCUGGACUGCAAUCGAAGGUGGCCAGUACCCGAAAUGGGACUUUGGUAUCCAAACCAUUCCUGAAAGCGAGGCCGACAACUUCGACUUUGAUCCUCUCGAUGCCACCAAGAUCUGGCCCGAAGAAGAUUUCCCUGUGAGAUAUAUUGGAGAGCUUGAACUCAACCGCAAUCAGGUCGCCUUCUGUACUGGACAUGUUGUGCCUGGAAUUGGCUUCUCGGACGAUCCCUUGUUGCAAGGCCGCAACUUCUCCUACUCGGAUACACAGCUCACUCGUCUCGGCGUCAACUGGCAGGAGUUGCCUAUCAACAAGCCCAUGUGCCCUGUCAUGAAUCAAAACAGAGAUGGAGCCAUGCGUCACAGCAUCACCAAGGGAACUGUAAACUACUGGCCGAACCGUUUCGAAGCCACUAAACCUGCCACUGCUGAGGAAGGGGGUUACGUAGAUUACCCGCAAAAGGUUGCCGGCAUGAAGGCUCGCCUACGCAGCAAGAAGUUCUCCGAGCACUACAACCAAGCUCAGUUGUUCUACAACUCGAUGAGCGAACAUGAGAAGAUGCACAUCAUGAAUGCGCUUUCUUUCGAGCUCGAUCACUGCGACGACCCAGUUGUGUACAAGCGCAUGGUCGAGAGACUGUGCGAGAUUGAUCUCGAUCUCGCUCGUGGAGUUGCAGAAAUGGUUGGUGCUGACAUUCCUGAAGAGGCCCGCCGCGUCAACUCUGGAAAACGCUCCAAGAACCUCUCCCAGGAGGACUUCCCUGCCAAGAACUUGACAAUCUCAACGAGAAUGGUGGCCAUCCUAAUAGCAGACGGCUAUGAUUCAGUUUCUUACAAUGCCAUCAAGGCUGCCCUGGCUGCCCAAGGCGCUCUUCCGUUCACCAUUGCUCCCCGCCGUACUCCCAUCUACGCUGCUGGCGAGAGCAAGGACUCCGGAAAGGGACUUGUUCCUGAUCACAACUUGGAAGGCCAACGCAGUACCAUGUAUGAUGCCAUCUUCGUCCCUGGUGGAGCCGACAGUAUUGCCACCCUCCGUAAGAAUGGCCGUGCUCUGCACUACGUGAGAGAAGCCUUUGGCCACUUGAAGAGUAUUGGGGCCACUGGUGAGGCUGUUGCAUUCAUCAAGGAUGCUUGUCAGCUGCCUGGUGUGACUUUCUCUGAGGGCAAUGAUGUCGUCGACUCUUAUGGUGUCGUCACCGCCGCUCAGACUGAGGUUAACAGCUUCAAGGAGGCUGUAAACCUCAUCAAGGGCGCAAAGGACUUCACAACAGCUUUCUCAUACGCAAUCUCCCAGCACAAGAACUACCAGCGCGAGCUUGAUGGUUUGGCAAACAUGGUCGCCUACUAG